UGUACAAGCGCUGGUCGUAACAGACAGGAAGUCAGCCUUUAACUCUCCUUUAACGYCAGAUCACCCUAYUUAAACCAUUUGUAGUCGUCUUCUCGCAGAAUGUUGUAAAUGAACCUUGGUAGCAGUCAGCCAUUAUGAAGGAAGUUCUAUAUAUCGUGAUUAAAUUGGUGGUUUUGCUCAACGUGCGCACGGGAGGAAUUCUUAUCAACAAUGGUGAAGUAGACGAAUCAAUACAGAAAUAUCAUGAAGUUAUUGUAAAACAAUUGAAUGGYGGUCGCUGGAGAAGAUCCAUGGAGACGCUGUCAACCGUGUCAAACWCCAAGAAAGGUCAUCACGACCAAGUCACGUUUUCCGUCGGUGGUUUUCAAAAUAACAAAUGGAUUCUCAACUUAUCUCUCAACCAGCUAUUACUGCCUUAUGGGUCAAAAACAAGGUUCACGAAUCAAGAYGGGAACGAGCAAGCUAUCCCUUCUMGGGUUUGUUGUCUUUAUAAAUAUUUAUCCAGUUUAAUGCAGUUAAGAAGAUUUGUAUUCUAAUGCAUUCGCCAGCUAGUUUUCAGCCGGUGUACAUGAAAUUGGAAUUGAAAUUGAAURCAAUUAAAGGUGUGACCGGAAGUAUAUUGAACUGAGACGUGAUGGCUAGCAGGAAUUGAUCAACUUGGCCAGAUUUUGUCCAUUUGACUGCAAAGGAAUUUGAACUUUCUUUCUUUUUUUUUGGCCAGUGCAUUUAGUUAAUGAUUGCAGGUUAAGAGUGAUUUUGRCUCAAUUUGAUUAAGAUACCAGAAUAAACUAAAUGGUAAUGGGGCUUAAUUUGAUGGUUUGUGCAAAAUGCUGUGGUUUAAAGACAAUCACUUAAACGAUAAUCUGAUUAAAGGACACAGCAAUUUUCUAAAGUAAUUGGAAUGGCAUGAGUUCAGUUACUGACUGAAUAAGCACUAUAACAUCUGGAAAAAUCUACAUUGACAGUAUAUCAUGUUUAAAUGAAAGCUGACCACAAU